ACACGCAACUCGAAAGUAGCAUACAUGUGCAGCAUAUUUUAAGUGUUUGACGUAUUUAAUGUGGAUAAUUUAAAAACGUAACAUGUCUGUGAUUACUUCGCCAGAGGUGGCACCGGUGCCCGCAAUUGAUAGUGAUGAUACAGAGGCAAUUAUGGACAAGGUGGAAACAAAAACAACAAAAUCCCGCAGUAGAUCAAAGGCCGCAAAACCAGCUGCCAAACCUAAGGCAGCAGCAUCGCCAAAGGUGGCCAAGGCGCCAAAUAAAGCCAAAGGAUCUUCGGAAAGUCAUCCGAAAUACAAUCAGAUGAUCCAGGAGGCGAUUACCGCUCUCGGUGAUAGGAACGGGUCUUCAAGACAGGCCAUUUUGAAGUACAUACUCGCGCACUACGCAAUAGGUGAUGAGCGACAGGUGAACUCCCAUCUGAAAAUGUCUCUGAGGGCCGGGGUGAGGAACGGCAAGAUUCAACAAAUGAAAGGAACUGGCGCGUGUGGGUCCUAUAAACUUGGUAAGAGUGAAAAGAAAUCGCCCAAUACCUCCAAGAACACAUCCUCAACAAAUAUGGCAAAAGUAAAGAAGCCAACACCAGUCAAGGCAGCAGCGAAGGUUAAGAAAUCUCCGGCGAAGAAAGCAGCAUCUCCUGGCAAAGCUAAAACUCCAACGAAAUCAAAAACUCCAGUAAAGAAGGCAUCAGCAAAGAAAGAGAAGUCUCAAAAGGCAGCCAAGACCAAAAAUAAAACAAAUGCCAAAAAAACUGAGCCUGCUGAUGUAGAUAAACCUGUCUCUGUAGAGGAAAAGCUAGAGGUGCCAGCAAGUGAACCAACUGUAGCUGCCCCAGUGUCUGCAACUGAGGUCAAGCCAGAAGGAACAAGUGCUCCACCUGCAAAGAAAGUUGCUAAGGGAAAGCGAGCCGCUAAGGAAGUUCCAGAAAAUGCAGCCCCUGCCAAGGAGGCGUCUUAAAUUGUUAUCAUUUACUGCUGUGUGUUCAAUUAGAACUUUUUUAUGAUGACAACGUUAUGGGAGAUUAACACAACUUAUGUUACAAGUCUUGACCCUUAUAUUGUGGUCUUUGAUGUUUGUGCCAUUAAAUGUCUUUCAUUGCACUUGUUUAGACAUCAUCUUGCUAUAGACCUUAUGAUUUCAACAGCAUUUGCAUAUUUUUCCUUUCAAUCUUAAUCAUGUCAUUUUUUGUUAUUUCAAUAAAAAAUUUAACUCUUAUUAAAAUGUGUUUGUUUGCUACCAAAUAACCUUGUGGUUUAAUUUAAAUGACUUAAUGUGUUUCUGAGUGUUAAAUUCUCUUCGAAAAAUAAACCUAGCAAGAUAUUGACAUGAUUGAACGUUAUAAGCAGAUGAUAGUCAACUAAGUUUAGUUUUCCUCUAUAUAAUAGCAUGUAAAGCGAAUUUCGCUCUCAGUGCAAUUUUCUAGAUAGACUGAGUAUUUGGAGCCUUUAGAGAAGACUGUGGAUAUUGAUCCUUACACUCAAAUGCCUAGCAAAAAAUAGCUUAUAAAUUGGCAUACCAUGGCUGGGAUAUUACUGAGGAUGUGGAACAAGUGUGUGCAACCGUAGUUUGUUCACUUGACAAGUGAUAUGACAUAAAAUUUGAAGAUCUUUUGCAGAGCGGUCUACGCCAGGUUUUGACAUUUCUAAUCAGCAAAGGGAAUGCUGGAGAAAUUACUCUCAGUAAACCCAAAUGAAUCAUAUAAACAAUAUUUUUGGAGUUCAAGUUUCCUUUCAUUUACUACUUAAGCUCUGAACUUUACAUAAAUUAUUUUUUUAACAGAACAUAAAAGUUUAUUUCGACUUAUGCCUGUGAAGCUCACCGUCAUUGAUAUACAAUAAUAAAAUAAUAGCAUGCGUUGAAGUGCAUACAAAACAUACAACAGUUAAUCUAAAUGAACAGGAAAUAAACAUAUUUCGUGAACAUGUAUCAAGAGAAUGUCACAUGCAUGAAUCAGUGUAAUAAAGCUUUUUCAAUAAUUCUACAUACAUCAAACAAAGAGAGUGUAUACCAUAUUUUAGUUUAAUAUAGAUUUUUUACACAUGUAUGACAGAAGAUUGCUUUUUAUGCCCCCCUUCGAAGAAGAGGGGGUAUAUUGCUUUGCACAUGUCAGUCGGACUGUCGGUCCGUCCACCAGGUGGUUUCUGGAUGAUAACUCAAGAACGCUUGAGCCUAGGAUCAUGAAACUUCAUUGGUACAUUGAUCAUGACUCGCAGAUGACCCCUAUUGAUUUUGAGGUCACUAGGUCAAGUGUCAAGGUCACGGUGACCCGAAAUAGUAAAAUGGUUUCCGGAUGAUAAGUCAAGGACACUUAAGCCUAGGAUCAUGAAACUUGAUAGGUAGAUUGAUCAUGACUCGCAGAUGACCCCUAUUGAUUUUCAGGUCACUAGGUCAAAGGUCACGGUGACCCGAAAAAGUAAAAUGGUUUCCGGAUGAUAACUCAAGAAUGCUUAUGCUUAGGAUCAUGAAACUUGAUAGGUAGAUUGACCAUGACUCGCAAAUGACCCCUAUUGAUUUUCAGGUCACUAGGUCAAAGGUCACGGUGACCCGAAAUAGUAAAAUGGUUUUCGGAUGAUAACUCAAGAACGCUUAUGCCUAGGAUCAUGAAACUUAAUAGGUAGAUUGAUCAUGACUCGCAGAUGACCCCUAUUGAUUUUCAGGUCACAAGGUCAAGGUCAUGGUGACCGGAAAUAGUAAAAUGGUUUCCGGAUGAUAACUCAAGAACGCUUAUGCCUAGGAUCAUGAAACUUCAUAGGUACAUUGAUCAUGACUGGCAGAUGACCCCUAUUGAUUUUCAAGUCACUAGGUCAAGGUCACGGUGACCUGAAAUAGUAAAAUGGGAUCUGGAUGAUAACUCAAGAAUGCUUAUGCCUAGGAUCAUGAAACUUGAUAGGUAGAUUGAUCAUGACUCGCAGAUGACCCCUAGUGAUUUUCAGGUCACUAGGUCAAAGGUCACGGUGACCCGAAAUAGUAAAAUAGUUUCCAGAUGAUAACUCAAGAACGCUUGUGCCUAGGAUCAUGAAACUUGAUAGGUACAUUGAUCAUGAGUGGCAGAUGACCCCUAUUGAUUUUCAGGUCACACGGUUAAAGGUCAAGGUCACAGUGACCUGAAAUAGUAAAAUGGUUUCCCGAUGAUAACUCAAGAAAGCUUAUGGCUAGGAUCAUGAAACUGCAUAGGUACAUUGAUCAUGACUGGCAGAUGACCCCAAUCGAUUUUCAGGUCACUAGGUCAAAGGUCAAGGUCACAGUGCCAAAAAACAUUCACACAAUGGCUGUCACUACAACUGAGAGCCCAUAUGGGGGGCAUGCAUGUUUUACAAACAGCCCUUGUUUAUUUAUUUAUUUGAGUAAUGCUUGCUCAUCUAAUUCUUAACGAUGUUGAAUAUUGCUUUCAAUACAAUCCAAACAAUA